AUGAUGAAAAUUGGUGGAAUUUUGGCAGCCACGCUUCUGGUCUCUAUUCAUGGAUAUCCGGCUGCACAACAUCAACAGGUAUGACUUUAGAAAAGUUAUAACACAAUAGCAAUAUCAAUAUUUCAAGACCGCUCAACAAUAUCCUGGUCAACAGGAGGGUAAUACCCCGUCUUCAACUCAACAACAGCCUACAGCUCAUCAUGGUUACAUGUAUGCACCUCAACAACAAGUGAUUUCUAAAUAGUCAAUAGAAAAAUAGUUUUAAAAUAAUUUAGGCGGCUCAACUGUCUCAAUUCCCAACUACAGUAGCUCCAGCGACAGUUCCAGUUCCACAAUUGCCAUUAGAUGUUCAAAAAACCGCCCAAGUUCUUCUCAACGACCCAGACUUCCAGAUGUUGGCUAGAAGUUUGCACACGGGUACUGGAAGUGUUGGUUUUAGCAAUCCGGUUAGUUAUGAGCCAAGUUCAGUGGACGAAAUGCGGGGCCAACAAGAAUGCUUCGAAAAGCAACCAGAAAAGUAAACAUUCCCGUAAAAUUUGAACAUUUCAUGCAGAACUGAGCUUUCUGGAUCAUUUCUUAUUUAGGAAGCGUAAUGAUUAGGAGUUGACGUGGAAUCGGGCCAGAUGUAAUUGAUUAAUAGAGAUUUGAUGACAUCCAGAAUCCCUUUGGAAUAGUCUUUUCGAAAAGUUCAAAGCGUUCACUACAAAUCCAAUAAGCUUGGGAUUAUUACUAUUCCAAGUAUAAAUCCGGCAUUAUACAAACACUCUGCUAAUUAUCAUUUUGCGCCUUUCAAUCAUCUAAAUAAAUAAGCACACACAUUUUGCAGCUAACCCCCCGUGAGCUUCCUCCAUGCUCCACAGACGGUCGAUCAGUCACCAUUGAUCAUUUGCGAAUCUCGCCUGAAUCACUCGUUCAAAUUGCUCGUCUCGCGCAGGCCUUCGGGACCAAUCCGGAUUGGAAGAAGCUGCGGUUGGCGGACAUGAAAUCCGCUUUGAACACUCAGAUGCAUCCGACUCAUCAGUACGCGGCCAGAUCAAUCGGGCUUUAG